UUUCUGCGAUUAAAAAAUUAAAAAAUUGUGGGCAACCAGACGAGCUCUCCAAAGCCUAAAGCUCCAACGCCAGACCCAUACCCAGACGGACGGACCCAGACCCCGGCCAAAUGAGCAGCGGUAUGAGGUCGCAGGACGGUCCACAGGCAGCAGCGCUGCCCCGGGCCAAGAUCAAUGCAGCCAGCACGCUACUUACCCAGGAUGAGAACGACGCUGUCUUCCGGCUGCUGGGCAAAAAGUGCCAGACACUGAACACCGCGGUGGUGCAGAUCUACAAGACGGAGGGCAGUGCCCACGCCCACUGGAAGAAGCGGCACACGGGAGUCGUUUGCUUUGUGAAGGACAGCGCCAUCCGAUCCUACUUUAUGCGUGCCUAUUGCCUGAUCAAGAACGAGUUGAUAUGGGAGCACGAGGUAUACGACGGCAUGCAGGUGGUUAAGUCGCGCCCGUUUUUGCUCACCUUUGAGGGCAGUGACGGUCACGUUGGAUUAAACUUCGUUUCGGAGGAAGAAUGCGACUCUUUCUUUCGCAUUGUGGACACCACCAUUGAGACGCGCAACCGGAAACGGCAGGAGAAGCGAAACCGGCAGAAGAGCCAGCAGGCACCCAAUGUGCCAGUCAAUUCCAUUUCUCAUGACGCAGGUCGCCCGCCAGCCAUCCAGGGCGGCGGCAUAUCGUCUACGGACGGCGCCAACGUUCAACUCCGGAACAACAAGAUCAACUCCAUAACCUUGACGCCCGCACCGCCGAAGAACUUCCUAUCGAGCAGCUUUGGGCUAAGCAACCAUGCCAAGGAUAAGAAGCGCAAGGUGACCAAGGCGGACAUCAGCCAGCCGACAAACUUCGUGCAUCUCACCCAUGUGGGCUGGGAUGCGGACAAGGGCUUCGCUUUGGCUGGCAAUGAAAACGACGAAGUGCUAAACGAGUUCUUCGUUAAAGCUGGGGUCUCGGAGACAGAGCUUAAGGACAGGGACACGCGCGCCUUCAUUUACGACUUUAUACAGAGCAACAACGUGCUGGCCACGGUGAAGCAGGACAGUGUGGAAUCCCCAACGGAAUCGACGCCCCACAUGCCGCCACCGGUGCCAAGUCGUCAUCAACACCCGCAGAAUGGUAACCAAAGAACUGCUCCUCCGUUGCCACCGGCAAGACUGCCGCCACCUCCAGUGCCCACCACUGUGCCGGGCGCCACGCGAGCUCCGCCGCCACCCAGCAGACCGCCACCUAUUAGUACCCAUCAGCCACCACCACCGCCGCCACCUGUCAGCGCUCCAGCAGUAGCGCCUCCACCUCCGCCGCCGCCACCACCUACUGCAGCGGCGGUGCCGCCACCACCGCCCCCACCUAUGCCAGUGGGAGAGAUCCCAGCCAUUGCGACAACACGCGCACCUAAUCAAGCAGCCAAGCCAGUGGCAUCCGCUCCGGAUCCACGCAACGAACUUAUGGACGCCAUACGCAAGGGAACAACGCUGAAGAAAGUGGACACGGCUGCCCUAAGCACUGGCAGUGGCGACACACGCAGUGAUCUGAUGAAGGACAUUCGCCAGGGCAUCGAACUGAGGCCGGCCAAGGAACGCGAGCUGGGCAGCCAACGGCUCAGCGAUAAUGGAGGCGGGACCGAUGCCCUGGCAGAUGCCCUUCGUCGGGCGCUGGCAGCACGCGGCAAUGCUAUACACUCUGACGAGGAUGAGACAGAUUCCGAGGAUAAUGAUAACGAGUGGGACUAAGGGACACGGGGACACGAUGCAGGAGCAGACACUAUUCCAAAAAUAAGCAAUAAUUUAAUAUGUGCUUUGGCAUUUUGGUUUAUCGUUGGAUAAAUCCCUGUAAAUACUGUUAGAGAAUUUUCAUACCUCUUUAAUUUAAUCGUAUCGUAACGAGUUUAACGAACGCAGACCCAUAAUCAGAUAUUGCCCGGUUUCGUUUGUUCCAACUCGCAUUUGCAUAUCCAUAAAGCUGCUCAAUUAAAUAUGAACGACAUAUUUAUAUAUAUUAUAUUUUUCAAUAAUAUACAUAUGUAUGUGAGUGAAUGACCCGCGGACCCUGUUCAGACUUCAGUGCCAAAAACUUGAGAACACCAAAACCUAUCUGCGAACUGAAAAAGCGUGUAAGCUGAGCGAAGAAAAUUUAUUAUAGCAAAUAUAUUUUAUAAAUCUAUAACGAAAUGCAAACUAAAAAUGGAAACUGUGACUGUUAAUAAAGAACACAGUUGGCAAUUGUUCAAUUACACAAGUUUAAACUAAUAGAUUUGCCCGCAAUUAACCGUACACUAAAUUUACAACAGUUUGCUCAGUAAUUAAUUGUCUCUACUUGUUCAAAUAAUAAUUAACUAACGAAAGAUGAGCUGAAUAUAUAAGCGAUGAUGUAUGCAGUUUAUUCAGACCACAAGGCUUCCCCGCGAAAGCAACGUAUUAAAUCCAGUUACACCCGAUCGAUUAAUGACCAUGUGUACUCAUAAGUAUUUCUUUUUAGUUCGAGUGCAUUUAAUGCAAACUUGUAGUCAUUUUUCUUCUGUGUGUAUUAUGUAUGUAUUUUAAAUGAAUAUUACGUAUAUGUAUUUAUUUUAUUAAAAUUUUGAAACUACUAAACCCAAUAAUCCGCUUGUCGAAGCGUGAAAUUUAUGUAUGUGGAUUUUGGAUUUUUGAUUAAUGUGUACGCAUGUCUUGACGAGUUUUGUGCGAUUUAUGUAUUUCAAUACAUAAUACUUACAUAUGCUAAUAUAUAUAAGCCAUUAAU